CGGGGGGGUCAUGUCUGAUCUCUAACUUAAUCAGAUCCCAUGCUAACUUAAUGUAGCAAAGACGUGUACACUGGUCCAAAUCGAGGUAGACCCCUUCAUCAAUCGACAGACCCUAUCUUCCUGAGGUUUGUAAUUCUGAAGAGGUAAAUCAUUCCUAGAGUGAUCCAUUUAUUUUACAUUUUCUACUCGAGUUUUACUUCUUUGGAGCUUUGCAAUACCCAGAGAAAGAGAGAGAGGUGGCGCCAAUCAUGCUAUGGGUUCCAGAAAGUGCAACAUAAUGCGUUUACCCUGCCUCAAAGUCACGGUCUCACCGUUGUCGUCAUUCAGAAUCACCUAUUAUUCGCUAAAUCCUGUGAAAGAAUUUGAUUCUCCUGACCGCCUACAAAAUUAUCAUGAACACUGGAAAUUCACAUAAAUGUUCGUUGAACCUCAAUCCCUGUUGAUGUGGUCGUUGAAGCUCAAUGGUAGCUGAGAAAUCUGCUGCUUUUUGUAAUCGUGAGGCCUCUAGCUUGAGUUGUUGCAUUCACGAGACAGCCGUGAACUUGGUUAGAGACUUGAGCCUUCAGAAUCUGUCAUUUGCAUCGAGGGUGCUUCGCAUUAAGGCGUCGAUUUAGUUCGCUCCUUUGUUCGACUUCAUUCUCCUUCAUGAAUGCAGGGAUUUUAGUUUUCCUCCUCUUCUAAGUCCCUAGGAUCAAGCAGAUCCUUAUCGCAUUCACAGCAUCGUCAUUGCAAAAUUGCUCACUUCUCAAGUGGUCAAGCACCCCUUCUGUACCAUGUAUCGAAAUUCAUUCGAAUGAAGAAACCAGUAGCUUCUGCUCCAACUACGACAGAUGCUCAGUAAGGAGCGCUUUGUUGUCACAAGUUGGAACGAAUAUAUAGCUCUUCAAAUUGACCCUCCCUCUUGUAUCUGCGGUGAUACUACGGGGCGGGCGAAAGGUGAACCCACUUUAAAAGCACUAAGAAGCACGUCAAGACCUUGGCUGAAACCACAGAGCUAUUCCAGGCCAAGGAGAAUGAAGCUGAUUACUCUGGCAGUGUGCAUUAUAUUGCUAAUCUUCAAAUGCAGUGCACAACCUGCUGGUACAGAUAAUGGAUACGCACCCCAGGCUCACACGAUAGGCAUCAACUACGGUACCCUAGGCGACAACCUCCCUCCUCCGUCUGCGGCAAUCGCAACAAUUAAGUCCAUGCAAAUUGGCCGCGUAAAGAUCUUCAACCCAAACGCAGACAUCCUGAAUGCGCUAGCAAACAGCGGCCUCGAAACGGUGGUCGCCAUUCCUAAUGACCAAAUCGGGCAAAUUGGCACGAACCCCGCCGCGGCGGAGGCUUGGAUUGCCCAAAAUGUCGACACCUACUACCCCGCCACAAACAUUGUCACAAUCCUCGUAGGCAACGAAGUCUUCUCCGAUGCAUCUCUUCCCUGGACAUCACUCGUCCCUGCGAUGCAAAACCUCUACAACUCCCUUUCCACGCGAGGCUGGUCCGACAAAAUCAAGGUUUCUACUGCCGUGGCAGCCGAUGUGCUCGCCAGCUCAUACCCUCCCUCAGUUGGCACAUUCCGUGCAGACAUAGCCGUGCCCGUGAUCCUCCCCUUGCUCAGAUUCCUGUCGUCAACGCAUUCCUACUUCUACAUCAACCUCUACCCCUUCCUCUCGUAUACCACAAGUGGAGGCGACAUCAGCUUGAACUACGCCCUGUUUGCGAGCGGUUCAAACUCAGUCGUGGACGGUUCCCUCACCUACACCAACCUUUUGGACGCGCAGCUGGACGCUGUAAUUUCAGCCAUGGAGAAGCUAGGGUUUGGAGACGUGCGCGUAGCUGUGGGAGAGACCGGUUGGCCGACAAAGGCGGACGCAACCCAAACAGGCGCGAGCGUCCAAAACGCCGCUAUGUACAAUCGGAGGCUAGUGCGAAAACUGCUUUCGAGCAGCACAAACGGCACUCCGAAGCGCCCAAACGUCUUCAUUCCAACCUUCAUCUUCGCAUUGUUCAAUGAGAAUCAGAAGCCUGGACCAGAAUCAGAACGCAACUGGGGGCUUCUGUACCCGAAUUUGGGGGCAGUGUAUCCUAUAGAUCUUACGGGGCAGAUGCUUGACACCCAGUACGCCCCAAUUUUGCCCUAACUUGUGCGAGAGACUUCGGCAACAGCAUGAAGUCGAGUGACGGUAUUGUCCCCGUGUGAUAAUUGUGUGGUAGGCUUAGUUCUCGUGUCAAGGCCCUCGAUCAGCAUUCCCCCUGCGGAUGGUGACGAGUCCAAUGGCUGAUCCUGGGGAGUUUCACAGUCCCCCACGAGAUUUUGUUCUUUAUGUGGAAUUCAGAUGCAGCAAUCUACGGCUGCUGCAGUUUUAGUUACAUGCAGAAGUACCCAUUAGAAAAAAUUCAUUUGGGAGUUGAUAGAGUUUUUUUACGUGCGUUUCAUGAAUUGAUUGUAACAAAGAUGACUUGGGAGGUACAUCACGCUGAGCUCCGCAUCUAAAUUUGUCUUUUCGGUGAGGUGGAAAAACAUGAAUACUUUUCAUAGCUGUGAAAGAAUGUCAUACCCAGAAAUUCACAUAGUUCGAUGGAUUCGUGUGCCAUUGGCGAUAUCCUUCAGGAAGCUAUUUUAUGAA